AUGAGAAAGAAACUAUGGUUUUUUCUCUUCCUUGCUUUCAUGGAAUGUUGUUAUCUUGGCAUGGGUAGGGGAAUAGUGGUGCAAGAGAAAUCUGAUGCAGUGAUUCCGGUACCGGUGGGAACAGUGACAGCACCACCAGAAGGAAACACGACAUUCAUUGAUGGAACAACAUGGUGUGUGGCGCUUGCUGGUGUUUCACAAGCUGACUUACAGAAUGCUCUAGAUUGGGCUUGUGGACUUGGAAUGGCGGAUUGUAAAGCUAUACAGAAAGAUGGACCUUGUUUUCAACCGGACACGCUUGUUUCUCAUGCUUCUUUUGCUUUUAAUAGCUAUUAUCAAACUAAUGGGAAUUCGGAUAUUGCUUGCAAUUUUGGAGGAACAGCUUCGUUGACAAAACAGAACCCUAGUUAUGAAAAUUGUGUCUAUACUUCACCUGGAUCUGUUGGUUCUUCUGCUUCAUUGGGAAAAUACGACCAAAGUUUAGUGUGGUUGAAACUCAUUAUGUUACUGUUUUCAUACUAUUGGGUGUGA